AUGUCAAACUCACAUCCAUCGCAGUUUGUCUCUCCUGGUUCCACCCCUCAAACAUCGGAAGCAGGUCACAUUUUUCCCGCCGGAGGUCCACCACGUCCUCAUCCAGACCUUCGUCGCAUCUCGGCCAGUCAAUCAAACAGUGCCAAUCCUGCCUUCACCUUUUCAGUUCCAUUUCCGGCCGAUCCCAAUAACUCUGAAAGUGCCCGGGCCAAUCCCACCAAGGGGAACCCCUACUGGGACAGUUCUCAAACCAAUUAUACCCAAGUCACCCCCUUGAACCGAAGAGGUCCUAUUAAUUCUCAAUCUGUUUCAUCAACCCAAAGCUUACCUCCACCACUUCAACUCAACGAGGUCCCAGUCACCCAGGCCAAAUCCAAGCCUCCGCGCAAGAAAAGAGCCCCCAGAAAGAAGACCGUCAAGGCACCAGUCGGAGUUCCUGAUCCACCCCCAUCGUCGACCAACAACCGUCCUGCUGAACACCAUUACGAUAGUGACCCUGAGAUCAACCUUGCCGCUCCAUCUCAUCGGUCCAAACGCCAGCGGGUUGAACCUGAAGUCCUUGAAAAACUUUCUCACGAAUCGCUCGAGGAACUCCGAGUCCGUGCUGCAAAGUAUGCUGAGUACAUUCGCCUGACGGCCGAAGAUAAGGUUGUCCUUGAUGAGGCCUACCGACAAUAUCAGCGAGCUGUUCUGAAGAUUGCAAUCGAGAGGAAGCUACACGUCAAACCUGUCCUCUCAUACCUAGGCAAUGAGGUCAGGAUCCGCGGGCCAACCAACUUCAAUAAUUUCUGUAAAUAUGACGAGAUUGCUGGUCCCAUCUAUCAUGACAAGAGUAUUCCAAUUGCCGAUCGGAUGACCAAGCUAAGCGAGCUUUGGAGUCGACUCGAUGAGGUGCAGAAGGACCAAUGGAGGGAUCAAGAGUUCUUGGACUCUAUCACUCCGCCCGACUAUGUUAUACCCCCCGAGUCAGACCGUGUUCAUGCUGCUCCCAAAUGGAGAAAGCGUGAAGCUUUCAAGUUGAAUAACUGGACCCGCAAGAUGAAGCGAGAUCUUAAAAAUCUCAGUACAUCUCACCAAGUCGAGGGCUUUUUUGUCUUGGCAUCUCGCGAUCCCGAUGGGCCUAUCCUCAGUACUGGAGGCAGCCUCAUGGCCGAAGAAUUCUUGGAUAUAAUGGCGGCCGAUACGAAUCCCUGUAGGUCGUUCUACAACUUUGUUAAUGGUCAGCAAGCAAUCAAAGAUAUUUCAGGUAAGCCUCCUCCACCCCUUAAGAAGAGAAAGAGGCGUUCCGGGAAAGAAAACUACGAUCCAAGUUGUCCUUAUGACCUCGGUAGCAGGGAAGCCAAUAUCGAGGCGGUUAGAGAGAAGCUCAGAGACGCUCUCAGAAAGGCUACUCAUGGUGUAUGGGCUGAUGGAUGGCCGGGUACUAAAACCGAGAAGACGCUUCGUUCACUCGGUGUCACCCUCCAGGUGCAGCAGAACGACCUGUUCAUUCAUGCUAGUGAAUUCUGCAAACGCCCAUCCGACAUGCGAAUUGGCCAAACGCAACGCAUUCUGACAGCCUUUGCAAAAGGGUGGGUGAGACUCAUCAGCCGGGCCAGCCCUGACACACCUGAGGGUGAGGUCAGCACGAUCGGCAACGAUCUCUCUGACGAUGAUUCCAAUCACGGCCCAGCAAACCAUGUGGCUAUCACUGCCGUCAAGCGACCCAAACAACCGAGGAAGCCCAAGGGUGGAAAGAAAAAGCAUACCGCCACCAGGAAAUCAAAUGUGAUUGACGAUUCUAGUGAUUCUUCGGAUGGGGAGGACAGCCCACCAAAAACCCCUCGCCCCAAGCGUUCAGUCGUUUCUAAUCGCAAUGCUUCGCUCCGGAUCGAGACCUUUGGAACAAUCAGACUUCCAAGGUCUGUCACUCCUCCAGACUCAAUCUCGCAGUCCCCUCUCCCCGAGUUUGGAUACCAAAGUAAUCCAAGAUCGGUGGAGGCCAUUCAAGAACCUGGGUCUUCAAAACAGCGGAGGGAUCAGAAAUCUGGGAAUGAGAAACAUCCCCUCUUCAUCCCCAGCGACCCCGAUUCUAACGACUCAGAAGACAACUACACCGACGAUGAAUACUGA